UCUCUCUCUCCCUCUCUCUCUCUGAGAACACAAUUCAAGCAAGCAUGACGCCGAGCAACGGGCAGCUAGCAGUGCCUCCGGGCUUCCGGUUUCACCAUACAGAUGAAGAGCUGCUGUAUUAUUACCUGAGGAAGAAAGUAGCCUAUGAAGCCAUUGAUCUUGAUGUUAUAAGAGAGGUCGACGUCAACAAACUUGAGCCAUGGGACAUCGAAGAGAAGUGCAGAAUUGGGUGUGGGCCUCAAAACGUGUUGUUCUUCUUUAGCCACAAGGAUAGCAAGUACCCAACCGGAACUCGAACCAACCGAGCAACAACUGCAGGUUUCUGGAAGGGCACAGAGGGGAGGGACAAAGCCAUCCAUCUUAGCAACUCAAGGAGGAUUGGCAUGAGGAAAACCCUACUGUUCUACACCGGGAGAGCCCCUCAUGGCCAGAAGACUGAUUGGAUCAUGCAUGAGUAUCGUCUUGAUGAAAGCUUGGACAUUCAGGAAGAUGGAUGGGCUGUCUGCAGAGUAUUCAAGAAGAAGAACCAUCAAGGAGUCAUCCCACCAGAAGCAAUCCUCGAAGAAGACCAGUUCAAUCCAUCGAAGGCAAGCGGAUGUUCUCCGGUGGAUCACAAGCACAACUUCCAAAAAUCUGAAUGCAUUUAG